GACUAUAAUAAUAAAUGAGACGACGACGAAUAGAAGAAGCAUUUAUUUCAGCGUUCAGACGUCAGAAGCAGUACUAUUAUUUAUUAAUUUAGACAAGCAAAAUUUUUAAGUAAAAAGAUAAUUCCCGACAAUGAUUCUGUGCAGCCUCCGCCGCGGCUUCCUCAACACCAGUGUUUCCACUCUCUCUUUGCGCUCUGUUUCUCGCUUCUCCUCCGAUUUACGUUGGCGGGGGGAAGCCUACAUGGCCAAUUGCGAUUGCCGACCACUCGCUCUACGAGAUAGAGUAGAUUUCCUGAUCCGCUUGUUGGACCUCGACACGGCGGCUAAGCACGCACGCCUUGCUCCCUUCGCGAUUGAAAGAACAAAACGUUCUGAAUUAUUUGAUGAAGACCUUGAGAACGAGGAAGCAGUGGACUGGACAUGCAGCGCAAUCGUGGUGGCCAUGUGCAAAGCCGAGAGGUAUGGAGACGCCUUGGAUUUGGCCAGUUAUUUCUUCGUCGAGCACAAGAUGAUACCCUUAAGGUAUUCUUUCAAUCGCAUACUCAAAGCCUUGUUUAAAGACUCGUCCAAAUUUCAGGCCAGAACGACCCUUCUCGGGAUUAAACGGUUGGUUCAAGACGGAGAGUUCGAUGAAGUUAUGUAUCCAUCCUGUACGAGAAAUUAUUCGUACCCGAUACGCAAGGGUUUUUGGCCUUUCGGCCAGGGUUUGGAUGUUUCUAACCGUUUGAUUCGUGGAUUUUUGGAUUUGGGGGACUUCGAAGAGGCCCAUAAACUCUUCGAGGCACUAAAGGUUAGAGACGGCUACUACAAUCUUGGAAAUACUGCGAAAUUUAUGGAGUACUGGCUCAAGCAAGGAAUUAUGAAGGUGAUAGACGGGGAACCGACUGGUACACAUGCACUCCUUCAAGUUUUGUUAGACUAUGGCAAGAAAACCGAAGCUUGGGAAUUGUUUGACCAUCUUUUAGAUGACAAGAAACUGAGUUUCUGCUGUGAUACAGAUACACUAAAUCUAAUGGUGAAUGAGUGCUUCAAGAUGGGUCGGUUUUACGCGGCCAUCCACACUUUCAAGAGGGUCCGGCCUCACAACAUGAAGCGACAGUGCCAACAACAGGAGAAACUCUAUGAAAACAUCAUCGCUAGGUUUUGCGAGGUUGGCUUGCUGUAUGAGGCAGAGCGUUUCUUUGCCGAAAUGCGGUCGCUAAACACCAUAAGCCCUGACGUUUCCUCAUAUACUACAUCGAUGGAUGUGUAUAUUAAAGCAGGAAGAGUGGAGGAUGUUGUCCGAAUCUCAAACCAGAUGGUUGAUCAUUUUCUGGGCCAUGUCGCUCAGCUCUCAUUUGAGCCGGUCCAGAUCGGAACCUGGUGAAGCAAAUGCUUUAGGCAUCAUAUUUUCUUUGUAAUUUUAGGGCAUCAAUUUUUACCGAGUUCUUAAAAACAACGUGGGUGUAUUGGGAGGAAUCGUCUCCAAAGUCCCUAAAACUAAAUCGAAAAUCUCAAAACUCCCCCAUCUAAUUAAAAUUUAUUUUUGAUUUAUUUAAAAUCCGAAAAAUUGGUGUUUUACUCUCUUACCCUACAAAAAUAAGAAAAAUUACAAAGAAAACUAGGGUUUUAUCCACCCACCCAUAACAAAAUCGGAUCUAACCCAAUCUCCUCUCUCUCCUCUUUCUAACUCGAUUAAAUCCCUAAAUUAAAAGAGAAAUUACAAACCGCUCUUUUUCUUCAUCGUUCUCCUUCAUCGUUCUCCUUCAUCGUUUGUCUUCAUACUUGAUAACGAGGAUGGUAAGAACAAGGUGGGGGAAAAAAAACACUAAGAUCACACAAGUAGAAGAAGGAGAGGAAGAUUCGCAAGCGGUGGUAAAAGAAGGAGGAGAGAAAGAUUCAAAAUCGGUGGUAAAAGAAGGGUUCAGAACCGUUGGUACAAGGAGGAGAUAAUCCGGUGGUAGAAAGAGGUUUUGAAUCCGGUGGUUGAAGAAGAGGGAGAGAGGGAUUCCAAUGCGGUCGUAGAAGAAGGAGCUAACGAAGAAUCCCUCUUUCCAGAAUCAAGUAAUCGAGAUGAAGUUUAAGGAGAUAACGAAGAAUCCCUCUUUAUGGAAUCAAGUAGUUCGAGCUGGGAACAAACUCGAGAAGAAGUAGAAGCCGAAGUGAGAGCGAGACCAUCGACUCAAUGGUAAGUUUGGAUUCGUAUGAACAUGUAAAAUAAAUAAAACUAGUUGGAAUUGCUCUUGAUGUCUCUCGGAAUCAAAUUUUUGUGGUAUAUAGAAGUAUAACUACGAACUAGUAUUUUGUUAUACUGGAAUAACUAGGUAGAACUAGUGUGUAAAACUAGAAUAACUAGGUAGAACGAAGAGUCUUAAUAUGAAUUUCUGAAACAAUAUAACUUGAUAAUACUUGGUAUAACUAUUUGUUGCAGGAAUCCUCCUCCUCGACACCACUAUAGCCUCUUAGAAUUUACUUCCCCUCGAGUGAGUACAACAAGAAAAUCAAGUAUCGACGAGGUGUAAUAUCCAUGAGAUGAUGUUGGUACAAGACAUUGGUAAGAAGAAAAAGAAGGGUGUUAAACCGACUGCCGUGGAGGAAGACACCAAUAACCGUAGUAAAAGAGUCUUUACAAGGUCAUGGACAUGUAGAACUAAUUUUGUGGGUGUUUGGAUGUUCUUCUUAUUUCUAUUUGUAGAACUACUUGUAAAACUUUGUUGGAUUCAUAUUACUUUUUGGAAUUUA